AUGUGCUUGCAAUUUAGUGGGCAGGGAAGAACUGGAGCUCCCACUUUGGAAAUUUGGGAUGCGGGCAUCGACGUGGAUCCGAGUUGGCUUCUCCUGACUGUCCAUCGGAGCUAUUUUUUCUUCGCUUCUAUCGACCCUGAGCCCGCUUCUUUCUUUUUCCCGAACCUACCGUUAGACCACCGCCAAUAUGCAGGCUCCGGUGGUGGUGAUGAGUUCGUGCCCCUCUUCGGUCCCCCCGAUGGCAUUGCUAACCCCUCGACAGACACCAACAACGGUGACAGACAGGUUGGCCGCCGGGCGCAGCUGUCUAACAUCACCGCUGCGAAGACUGUGGCCGACAUUAUCCGGUCAUGUCUCGGUCCCAAGGCCAUGCUGAAGAUGCUGCUCGACCCAAUGGGCGGUAUUGUGCUGACCAACGAUGGCCACGCCAUUCUGCGUGAAAUUGAGGUGUCGCACCCGGCCGCGAAAAGCAUGAUCGAGCUCAGCCGUACCCAGGACGAGGAAGUCGGUGACGGAACCACGACGGUCAUCAUUCUCGCCGGUGAGAUGCUCGCCCAGGCCCUUCCCCAGCUCGAACGCAACAUCCACCCCGUCGUUAUCAUCUCCGCCUUCAAGCGCGCCCUUGCCGACGCCCUUGCCAUUAUCGAGGAGGUCUCUGUCCCCGUUGAUAUCCACGAUGACAAGGCAAUGUACAGUCUGAUCCAGUCCUCCAUCGGAACCAAAUUCGUCUCCCGGUGGUCCGAUCUCAUGUGCGGUCUGGCGCUGAAUGCCGUGCGAACCGUUUCCUUCGAUGUAGGUGGUGGAAAGCAGGAGGUGGACAUCAAGCGCUACGCGCGUGUUGAGAAGAUUCCCGGUGGUCAGAUUGAGGAUUCUGAAGUGAUCGACGGUGUCAUGGUCAACAAGGAUAUCACCCACCCCAAGAUGCGGAGGCGGAUCGAGAACCCCCGCAUUCUUUUGCUCGACUGCCCGCUCGAGUACAAGAAGGGCGAGUCCCAGACCAACAUUGAGGUUUCCAAGGAGGACGACUGGAACCGUAUUCUGCAGAUUGAAGAGGAGCAGGUGAAGCACAUGUGCGAUGCUAUCGUGGCAUUCAAGCCUGAUCUCGUCAUCACCGAAAAGGGCGUUUCGGAUCUCGCACAGCACUUCCUGGUGAAGAACAACAUUACUGCCCUCCGUCGCGUGCGUAAGACCGACAACAACCGUAUCGCCCGUGCCACCGGCGCCACCAUCGUCAACCGUGUCGACGACAUCCAAGAAUCCGACAUCGGUACCCGCUGCGGUCUAUUCGAGAUCGAGAAGAUUGGUGACGAGUACUUCACAUUUAUGCGCCAGUGCAAGUCCCCGAAGGCCUGCACAAUCCUGCUUCGCGGCCCGUCCAAGGAUAUCCUGAACGAGAUCGAGCGCAACCUCCAGGACGCCAUGUCCGUUGCUCGCAAUGUCAUCUUCCACCCCCGUCUGGCCCCCGGCGGUGGUGCAGUCGAGAUGGCCGUCUCCGUGAAGCUCGGCCAGCUUGCUCGGUCUAUCGAGGGAGUUCAACAAUGGCCGUACAAGGCCGUUGCCGACGCCAUGGAGGUUAUUCCCCGCACAUUGGCCCAGAACGCCGGUGCCAGCCCUAUCCGCGUGCUCACCAAGCUGCGUGCCAAGCACGUUGAGGGCCACACCAGCUGGGGUCUGGAUGGUGAGUCCGGCAACCUGGUUGAUAUGAAGGAGUACGGUGUUUGGGAGCCGGAGGCUGUCAAGCUUCAGAGUAUCAAGACCGCGGUCGAGUCCGCAUGCCUGCUUCUCCGUGUCGACGAUAUCUGCUCUGGCAAGUCGGCCCAACAGGUUGCCGGCGGCGGCGGCGGUGGUGGUGGCGAGGAGUAA